CGGAGCGGCGCGGGCAUGGCCGUGCGCGGCCGGCGCGCCUGGCUCAGCGUGCUGCUCGGGCUGGUGCUGGGCUUCGUGCUGGCCUCGCGGCUCGUCCUGCCCCGCGCCUCGGAGCUGAAGCGAGCGGGCCCGCGGCGCCGCGCCGGCCCCGAGGGCUGCCGGCCCAGGCAGGCGGCGGCCUCCCAGGCAGGCGAAGCGCGCGGCGAUGCUCGCGGGGCGCUGCUCUGGCCGCACGGCCGGGCCCCGGAGGGCGGCGCGCGCGACAGCAGCUUUCUCUUCGUGGGAGUCAUGACCGCCCAGAAGUACCUGCAGACUCGCGCGGUGGCCGCUUACAGAACGUGGUCCAAGACAAUUCCUGGGAAAGUUGAAUUCUUCUCUAGUGAGGGUUCAGACACAUCUAUACCCAUUCCAAUAGUGCCACUACAGGGUGUGGAUGACUCCUACCCACCCCAGAAGAAGUCUUUUAUGAUGCUCAAGUACAUGCAUGACCACUACUUGGACAAGUACGAAUGGUUUAUGAGAGCGGAUGAUGAUGUUUACAUCAAAGGAGAUCGCCUGGAGAACUUUCUGAGGAGUUUGAAUAGCAGCGAGCCCCUCUUUCUUGGGCAGACAGGACUGGGCACCACAGAAGAAAUGGGAAAACUGGCACUUGAGCCUGGUGAGAACUUCUGCAUGGGGGGGCCCGGGGUCAUCAUGAGCCGGGAAGUGCUCCGGAGAAUGGUGCCGCACAUUGGAAAAUGCCUCCGAGAAAUGUAUACCACCCAUGAGGACGUGGAGGUGGGAAGAUGUGUCCGGAGGUUUGCAGGGGUACAGUGUGUCUGGUCUUAUGAGAUGCAGCAACUUUUUUAUGAGAAUUAUGAACAAAACAAAAAGGGCUACAUCAGAGAUCUGCAUAACAGUAAGAUUCACCGAGCCAUCACAUUACACCCCAACAAAAACCCACCCUACCAGUACAGACUUCACAGCUACAUGCUCAGUCGCAAAAUAGCGGAGCUUCGUCAUCGCACAAUACAGCUCCACCGAGAAAUUGUCCUGAUGAGCAAGUACAGUAACACCGAGGUUCACAAAGAAGAUCUCCAGCUAGGAAUUCCUCCUUCUUUUAUGAGGUUUCAGCCUCACCAGCGAGAGGAGAUUUUGGAAUGGGAGUUUCUUACUGGAAAAUACUUGUAUUCAGCUGUGGAUGGUCAGCCCCCUCGAAGAGGAAUGGACUCUGCGCAGAGAGAAGCCUUGGACGACAUCGUCAUGCAAGUCAUGGAAAUGAUCAACGCCAACGCCAAGACCAGGGGACGCAUCAUCGACUUCAAGGAGAUACAGUAUGGCUACCGCCGGGUUAAUCCCAUGUACGGGGCCGAGUACAUCCUAGACCUGCUGCUUCUGUAUAAGAAGCACAAAGGGAAGAAGAUGACAGUCCCUGUGAGGAGGCAUGCCUAUUUACAGCAGACUUUCAGCAAGAUCCAGUUUGUGGAGCACGAGGAGCUGGACGCAAAGGAACUGGCCAACAAAAUUAACCAAGAAUCUGGGUCCUUAUCCUUUCUGUCAAAUUCCCUGAAGAAGCUUGUUCCAUUUCAGCUCCCUGGAUCGAGAAAUGAGCACAAAGAGCCCAAGGAGAAGAAGAUAAACAUAUUGAUUCCUUUGUCUGGACGCUUUGAUAUGUUUUCAAGAUUCAUGGGAAACUUUGAAAAGACAUGUCUCAUUCCAAAUCAGAAUGUCAAGCUUGUUAUUCUGCUUUUCAAUUCAGACUCCAACCCUGACAAGGCUAAACAAGUUGAACUGAUGAGAGAUUAUCGCGUUAAGUAUCCCAAGGCUGACAUGCAGAUCCUGCCUGUGUCUGGAGAAUUUUCAAGAGCCCUAGCCCUUGAAGUAGGAUCUUCCCAGUUUAAUAAUGAAUCUUUGCUCUUCUUCUGUGAUGUUGACCUCGUAUUUACCACAGAAUUCCUUCAACGAUGCCGAGCAAAUACAGUUCUGGGCCAACAAAUAUACUUCCCAAUCAUCUUUAGCCAGUACGAUCCAAAGAUUGUUUAUAGUGGGAAAGUUCCCAGUGACAACCAUUUUGCCUUUACUCAAAAAACUGGCUUCUGGAGAAACUAUGGGUUUGGCAUUACAUGUAUUUAUAAGGGCGACCUUGUCCGAGUGGGCGGCUUUGACGUUUCCAUCCAGGGCUGGGGGCUUGAGGAUGUGGACCUUUUCAACAAAGUGGUUCAGGCAGGUUUGAAGACGUUUCGAAGCCAAGAAGUAGGAGUGGUUCACAUCCACCAUCCUGUCUUUUGUGAUCCCAAUCUUGACCCCAGGCAGUACAAAAUGUGCUUGGGGUCCAAAGCCUCAACAUAUGGGUCCACACAGCAGCUGGCUGAAAUGUGGCUAGAGAAAAAUGAUCCAAGUUACAGUAAAAGCAGCAAUAAUAACGGCUCAGUGAGGACAGCCUAGCGUCCAGCUCUGCUGGAAAAAGACAUUUUUAAUUAUCUAAUUUAUUUUUCAGAAAUUUUUUGUAUGACCCGUUUUUGAAGUCCACACAAGGAUAUAUUUUACAGGUGGUUUUCUUACAAAGGACUCCUUUAAGAUUGAGCUUUUUGAACAAAAAUGUGAUCAGUGUUUGCCUUUGAACACACCUUCUUGCUGAACGUUACGUAGCAGGCCUGCUUACUUACGACUUGAAAUGUACCCGAUGAACAAACUUUUUUUUUACAUUCCCACUCAAACCCCUUUGCUACGAUUCUAUGGCAGAAAACGUGAACAUUCCUGCAAAGUAUUAUUGUAACAAAACACUGUAACUCUCCUAAAUGUUCUGUCGUGACUGUUAACACUGCACAGAUUCUACCUUUUGUCUUUUUUACAACGGUUUUUAUUUUUUAAAAAAGCCAUUUGAUGUUCCAGUCGUAAAAUAAGGCGAUGAGGUAAUAGUUGUAUCAUCACCUUCAGGAGGGCUUUGCAAAGUUGAUGAUUUCCCCCAAACUGUGCUUAAUGUGGCCGUGUCCUUGGGAAAGCUAGGGGAGCGAGGAAGGUGCUGUGCGGUCAGUCGAUGGCCGUUCCCGGCGUCAUUUGUUUGGCCUAAAUGGACCCGGUAUUCAAUUUCCAGAAGGAUUUAUUUAGUGUUUUUCUCUCUUCCUGACCCUUCUUUUUAAAGGGUAAAAUAUUCAUAUUUAGAAUGGCACAGAAUUAUUGUAAUAAGUCUAAUUAAUGUAUGUAAACUUAAAAACAACAAAGCACCCUAAUGAAAACAUUGGGGGGAAGACGUUAUCUGAUUUUGUUCACUUCAUCCUGUCUGUGUUAUGUUGGUGGAGAUGGUUAUUUCAUUCUUUAAUUACUGUUUUGUUUUAUCCUUUCUCUCUGAACUACCUUUAAUUUAUUUAAUAUCCAUUGCGUAGCGCUCUGCCAUUUUCGAAUACCUGUUAGUUAUUAGUAUUUAUGUGUAUCAGGAGUGUGACUCACUGUUUAGUAUGUUUGGUUUGCAGUAAACUGAUCUCCAAAGAUUUCUUUUUGAAAAUGAUUGCCCCCCCCCCCCUUAAUUUUUACAUUCCUUACUGUUUUACUAAAUAUUAAGUGUUCUUUGACAAUUCUGGUGCUCACAUGUUUUGGGGGACAAGAGUAAAAUGAAUCUGUCAUGACCCCCAAGUACUUUGUUUUAAACUCGUAGAUAAAAUGUGCCUUAAUAAAUUUUUUUUCAUUUAGAUUUCAAACAGUGAUAGAAUCGCCAUUUUACUAUACACCAUUGGAGAUCUGCUUAUUUGUAAAUAGCCUGUUGCUCCUUUGGAAAAAUAAACCAGUGAACAGUAUUUUUCUAUUGUACUUUUCCAAAACAUUUCGUCUCAUUAUUCCUGUUUUAGCUCAAGAAUUGUGUCACAUUCGGGGAGUAAAAAACUUAAAUGCUGAUUCAUAAAGUUUCUCACAUGACUUGAGGGAAAUGUUUAUGUGACCCGCAGUUUGGGGGUGGGAUGAAGCUAAGUGCCUCUUCCUCUUUUUUCCUAGUGCGAAGUUGACUUUGGUCGUUCCCCCUUGGCUUGUUGGCUCCGAAUUCUCUAGAGCAGUAGUUUUCCAGCUAGGUCCAAAGACCUUCCAGAACACUUGAUACCAGCCACCUUCCAGGGCCCGGUGAGACCCACUGGAUCAGUCAGAAUCUGCAUUUUAAUCAGUGCCCUCAGGGUGCUGCACGCACUGACCUUCACAGGGCUUAGCUUGGGUCUAGCUGCACGGUGAACUGCACACAGUUGCUAUAUAACCUAAUGGUCAAAGUCAGAUCUUUGAUGCCAGGGUAGUGAGCUUUCGUGGACGAGAACUAAACUCCUGGGAGAGGUAUUUACAGUGUAAUGGCAGUUAGGUCCCAGGAUAAUGACAUUGUGCUCCCAGUAAGAAUUGCUGUAAUUCAGCCUAAUUGCCCUUUACUUUGGGGGAGUGUUUAGUUUUCCUUGGGAAAGAGCACAUUUUUAUUCUUCAGUAAAGAAGGACAUAAUAUACAUCUCGAUGACAAAGUGAUUUAAAUUCUCCCCUAUUUAUUGUAAUAGCAGUCAGAAUUUGGGGAAGAGCGUGAGUGAUUGCUUCAUCAAGCUGAGGUGUCUGUCCAGCAUCUUGGUUACAGUUAACGCUCACCAUUUCCUUCCCUGCCCCCGCUCCUGCGGAAGUCUGUUCCUCUCCUGAUAACCGAGCUCAUGUUUGUGGAAGCCGCUCCGGCCCCUCUUCAAGGCUCCGGCUCCACAGUAGCUGUGGGAUCCCUUCAGUCCCUGACCUCCUGUGCCUGGUGGCCUCCAGGGUCCUCUCUCCCUCCAGCCCAUCUUGGGUGGGACCUCCACAAGAAAGGGCAUAUAGGAUGGUAUCCGAGUGGACGGUGGGUGUGUGUGGGGGAUGUGAUCCAGCUGCCAGGACCACUUCUAGCUCGAGGGGCUUCCCUGCCCUGAGACUGGGCUCCCAGGCCCCCCGCAGCCUGGCCUCAGCCGUUGUCAGCCACCUCCCCGCCCCUCAGGGAACCUGCAGCCGCACUGGGCUGUGGUUUAUAGAGGAGGGAGGAGGCAGUUCCCCCACUGGCCUCGGGCCUCUGCAAGUGGUUCCUUGAACUCCCUCCCGUACUGCUUGGAUGGCUAACCAGACUCGCGUUGUAGGACCACAGCCGGAAGGUUGUUUCCCAGCCCCCCAGACCAUGGCAGCCCUCCCCCACCCACCACCCGCCGUCCACUCUAACACCGACCUGUGCCCGUCCCGAGGAGGUACCACAGUUGUAGUCAUCACGUGAUGGGGUGACGCCUCCGUCACUAGAUUAUAGACGGGAGCCCCUUGAGGGCCGGACUGGCUCCCUUGUUCCUGGUGGUGUCCCGGCGUAUUGGGCAGUUGUGUCUGUGAAGCAACUGGACCUAUACCCCCUGAGCUGCGCUGCUUGGUUCCCCACCUGUGCGCCUCGGGCCACCGCCCUCCCUGAUGGAUGCCUUCCCGCCUUCCCCACACCCACCCAAGGCCCGAGCCCCUCAUUUAUUGGACAUGAUCCCUUGUGCCUUCCACUCAUGGCCUGAAAAUAAUCCCUUUUCCCUUAAACUGGUCCCUGGGUGGUGAGAAGGGUUAAGGGUUCAGCAACUAACCUAAAGGUCGGUGGUUCAAACCCACCCAGAGGGACCUUGGAAGAAAGGUCUGGGAGUCUACUUACGGAAAAUCAGCCAUUGAAAAUGCUAUGGAGCACAGUGCUACGUGUGGGGUCACCAUGCGUUGGAAUCGGCUUGACAGCAACCAAGUUUUUUUGUUGUUAAAACUUUUUUUGUUUCACUUGUUACUUGCUACUUUUUCUUAACAUGCAUUACUUCAAAUACAGAAAAGUAUUAAGAAAAAUGAAAUGGCCCAUAACUCCACAAACCAGAUAUACUCCAUGUUAACAAGAUGGAAGAGUUAAGAGUCCUGUGUGAAGAUGGUUGAAAAGGGGAGAGAUUACAAUGCUCGAAGGAAUGAAAGGUCUCCCUUCAGUGGUUCAGCCCACAGGGCUCUCCCACAGAGGCUCUCAGGUGUUUGAUAUCCUGGGGGAGGUAGGUGAAUAGACAAGACAAGCUUGUAUAUCUUUGUUUGUUUAUAAGAAGUGGGAACACCGUGCUGGCUUGGGCCUUCACGGGGAGCCAGGAGAGCCUCGCGCACCUGUGCCGGCCUCACUAGGGUGCAGCGUGUCAGCACUGGCUGCUCUGGGAUGACCUGGUGGAGUGGCAUUAGGAAGGGCGGGUGGGCAGACAUGCAGAGCCCUGCCCCGAGGGUGGGAUCAGGAGAGCCUGUCUCUGUGGCAGAGGACACAGGUGGGCAGCAGUAAUCUGCACCCCACUUCCGGAACUCAGAGCUGUUUUUCCAGGACUCUUAUCCAGGGCUGUGUCGUUCCAAGACUAGUGGGUUUGGGGAUGAGGCCUGUGUCAGGCAAUGCAAGUCUGUGACAGUCCCUCUUAGCUGCAAAGUAGGCAGGCCCCGGGACCCAGGGCAACCAUUCCCUUUUGCUCAGUGCUGAGAGCCGAAGGGUGGGCUAGAAACAGAUGGCAUUUCCCUUUCUGGGACCUGUUCUUCCCCAGGUUCUCCUCCCUCCCCCGCCAGGCCACACACGGCAGCCCCGCCCCCCCCCCCACCACACCACCGUCCACUCUAACAGCAUCCUGUGCCCUUCCUUGUGGAGGCACCACGUUUUAGUAAUUAUAUGAUCAGAUAACGCCUCCCUCGCUAGAGUGUAUAUGGUCAAGUUCUUGAGCUCGGUCCACGGUCAGUCUGAGCCUCCUUCCUGUCCAGCCCUCUUGCCACAACCUAUCCGAUAGAUCCCUCAAAGCCCAGCCCCCUGACUCAGCCAGGCGUUGACACGCGGCUUCUUGUCCCCAGACAGCAGAUGCAGGUGGCAUUGCUGAUAGACUUCUUAACAGCUUCUGAACACUCAUUUGCCCACUUGCUAGGGUACUGGGCUACUCACCCCAGUGACACUGAGCUAAACAGCCACAUCGUGCCUCAGCCCUUUGCCCUUGGACAGAUGGCCUGUCGGCUCGGCUAUUCUCCUUAGCCACCUCCUUUUAUUACUCUGUUCACUGAGGUGUCAGCACAGUCACCGCACUCGUCUCUUGAGGACAGUGGUUAGGAUGAGGAAAAGGCUGUGUUUCAGAGGCGUUUCCCAGGUGCUGGGCUCUUGCCUUUGCGGCCCAUCCUCAGAGAAAGGCAUCAGAAAAGCAUCAGCUGGGCUGCUUGGCCACCUGUGGACUGUUGGCCGUAGCUGCGGACUCUGUCCAGGCCCCAGGCUUCUUCCAACAUCUCCUCUUGUGGCUUUCCUGUCACCGAGAGCAUGCAGCCUGGCCCUCCUGCACCCGCACCGACGCCCGUCCUGGGGAUUAGGCUGCAUUACUGCUGUAAUCUCUGCUGCAAAGGAGCUUAGUGCUGCCAGUGAUUGGGGAGGCCAGCUCCAGGGGGGUCUCCCAGCUAAGGUGGCUGCACGGGCCGCCACCUUGCCUGCAGCCCCUCGAAAGGCAUCCCCCUUCUUUUCUGCUCCAAGGAAAACGCUGCUCAGACCAAAUCUGCUUAGUUUAGUUUGUUAUAAGUGCAUGGGUCAGGUUACAGUAACCCAUUUUGUAUGGCUUGCAGUAAGAAAAAAAAAAAAUGUUAUUUUUGCUAAGCUAAAGGGUUUUGUUUUAUUUUGCAAGGAUGUGGUAGUGGUGGGGCUGUAAGACCUUCAGCCAAAAUCCAUAGGGCUAUCUUUUAUUGGAGCCCUGGUGAUGCAGUGGUUAAGAGAUUGGCUGCUAACCAAAAGGUCAGCAGUUCGAAUCUACCAGCCACUCCUUGGAAACCCUGUGGGGCAGUUCUACUCUGUCCUCUUGGGUUGCUAUGAGUCAGAACCGACUGGACGGCAACGGGUUUGGGUUUUUUUGGUUAUCUUGUUAUCAGUGCAAUUAAGUCGCUCCAUUGCCUGUUGUCAGAUUUUUUUUUAAUGCAUUUAACUUACAAUGAAUUAUAUUUCAGUUAUGUAAGUCUUCGUUUCUUACUAAAACAAAAAAAAAAUUUUGUCCUUUAAAGAACAUUCCAGCUACACUUCCUUUAAAAUGGUAAGAGUUGUCGGUUAUGCCUGACUGAUUUUUAAUAAGAAAAUAUAGUCAGUGACCAAGUCAUUUAAUAAUGCCAGUUAGCCAAGCUCUGGAGGCUGCUAAAACCCGAGCUAAUGGAUCUUUAAUGCGUUUCUUGCCGUGAAGCAGUCCAUCAGGCGAUCAAGUCAGGGUGUGUCUGGGCUGCCCCUUCUCUCUCUGAUGAGCUCAUCACCCUCCUUGCCAAACCCAGUGGCUGGUGCCUGAAUGAAUACCUAGCUUGCUGCUGUAUAGACAGUCCCGUUACAGAAAACAUUUCUAGCUAAACCUCAAAGUGGCCUUUAGAGUCCUGAAUUCUCAAUUAAGUUUUCUUUAGGCAAAAGCUUAUUUCUAGUUAUGUGACUGGAAGGGGAGCCUCACUCAGCCCCUCCAGACACCUGCAUACCGUGAGGGCUGAUGCUAGAAACGGACUGUCUAAAAAUCACUCCAGUGACCACAUUUGUGGAGGAAGCAUCAGGGAAUUUUACAGAUUUCUAUUUUUUCCAUUGCAAAUAACAAUGUAACCAUAAUACAAAAUUAUGCAUAUUGGAAAGUAGAGAAGGGGAAAGGAAAAGACCCCCAGUACCUUAUUAGAGCUUAAUGUAAAGGUGUACAUGCCAUUUGGCACCUGCUUUGUUUUUCCUUCCACUCAAAACACUGAUUGUUUACCCUCACCUCUAACACAGCUCCUCUCCAGUGGCCAUCGUGUUCCAGCUGGAAUAAUGUCACAGUGAGCAUCUUUUGCACGAAGCCCUUUUUGUACUUUGGAUUAUCAGGUAGAUUUCCAGAAGUGGGUCAUCUGCUAAUAGGGCUGAGGGACUUUGGUGUUGAGCUAUUUCUGCCAUAGCACUAAAUCAUCUGGUAUUUUACUCGGUCUACGUUUUGUACCUACAAACAAUUCCAAUAAAACCUUUAAAAAUAAAGCUUAACUAAAUGGCCUUCCAGUAAUGCUAUGGGAAUAUUGCACACAGGAUUUCGGUUACAUCAGCCUGUGAAAAUGGCAACUGCAGAAAUUCAACCCUUUUACUGAAAAACUUGAGUCACUUCGAAGUGAGAACCAAGGCAGAUUUAUUGGUGACUCAGGGAGUGACAAGAGGCAAGCUCCAGACAGAAGGUCUGUUGGGGAAUGACGUCCACCUCCUUCCCAAGCCACAGAGGUCCAUCCUGGGAGCCCAGAAGGAGGAGUGAGGAGCGGAAGUGGCCAGCCCGAGAUAAGAGCCACUCCUUCCAGACUUGGCAAGGGUGGCAGGCUACUGGAAGAGGUGCAGAUGUGACUGGGGCACGGGGUCCCUCUGUGGAGCCAGAAGUCAUUCUGUGUUAUCGGUGGGAAAAGUGAACAUUUGAAAACAGAUUUGAAUGAAUUUCUGUAUUUAAAGAUGAAAUUACUGGCCACUUACCUGUGCUCUAGGCAAGAUUAGAUAAAUAUUUUACCAUACCAUUAUAGCAUAUAUAAAUAUUAACUAUUAUUCAUUGUAUUUGGCUUCUGUGGGAGUAAAGCUCAGGCAAAAAAAGGGCCAUAGGAGACCUGUCUCAUCACUGAGCUGUGAAUUUCUGAGAGGGCCUUUGGUUCAAAGAGAGCUCAACUUAAUUGUACUUUUGUUGUUACUGUUAAAAAAAAAAGUUAGCUACUGUCAAAUCAACCAACCCCCAACUCAUGAAGACCCCAUGCACAAAAGAAGGAAAUACUACCCAGUCCUGUGCCAUCCCCAUGAUCAGCUGGCGAUUGGAUGGUUGUGACCUAUGUGAUAUUAAAAAAGAUCAGCAGGCCUUUCUUCCUAGUCUGUCUUGGUCUGGAAACUCUGUUGGCACCUGUCCAGCAUCAUAGCAACACACAGCCUCCACUGACAGAUGGGUGGUGGCUGUUCUUGGGAUGCACUGGUUGGGAAUCCAGCCAGGGUCUCCUGCAUGGAAAGCAGGAACUCUACCACUGACCUCCCCCCCCCCCCCCCCCCCCACUGCUUCAUGGUACCUUAAGGGCUGUUUUCCAAGGCUUGGGGCAGGCUAAUGGCCGGAGGCGGGUCAAACUCCAUCACUGGGUAAUGAGUGGUUUGGACUAUGGUUUGUGGGCCUUCUUUACAGUUAGAUUUGGGAUGGGUCUUUCUUCUGUGCCUGCUAAGCAAACCCUUGCCAAGGCCCAGCUUCUAUAAAGUGGAUGGUCAGGGCAGUCACUGGGGGGGCUGCCGCCUCAGGAGGGUGUGACAUUUGUCCUGCACCAGCUCAGCUGCAUAGGAAGGCCCUGUCCAGCCCUGGCUGGCUUCCCACGGGUCUGCAGGGAGUCGCCGGGCAGCCUUGACAGCUAGGUCUACCCAGAAGCUGGGUCUCUGCUGUCGGGGCUACCUGGAGCUAGGGGGAUGCUUGGCCUGAACCUCUCACCCAAUUCUGGGACCCUCCAGUCAGCCCCCUGGACCCGCUGUUGUGGGCCAGGCUCCGUAGCCUUUUUCCUGAGUCACUGCCACGGCCAGCAGCCCUGUCCUUUGGGAGUGAGUUUAUCCUCCCAAAUGCCCUGUCCCUUCCUCACCCACACAAGUGCUCCGAGGAGACACUGCUCGUGCCAGAUUCCUGGAUUCGUGUGUGCGCCUUUCCUCUGCCUCCAUAGCAGUCCUGAGUUAGACAAAAAAUAUCUACAAACCACAAGAUUUAGGAGAAAAUGUGAUGCAUAUGGGCUUUCGUAGGUUUGGGCCUAAAAUGCUGCCCAGUGCCUUAAAACGGAAUUGCCUGAGAGAGUGAAGAGCUGCCAAAUUUGAAGACAGAUGCUGUGCAAAUUGAAUUCAUUUGCAGAUUGUGACAUCAGAAAGGCAAUUCCUACUUGGGAGAAAAAAUUGCUGUGUUUGGGUUCUGAAUGGUGAGCAGGUAUCUGUUAAUGCUAAUGGGGGGGGUGGGGUUGCCAAGCCGCAGCUCCUUCAGCGAGUAUUAAAACGAGGGACAGCGGUGAGCUUGAGUCUUUCUGUGUGCUCUCAGCAAAAAGUCCACUUGAACUCUGGCUCCAGAAGAAUGACCCGAAAGAGCAGGGCCCAAGAGUGGGGGUGAGGAGGAUAGCAGCUCUACACUGCCAGUUAACAUUGAGUCAGCUCCGACACAUGGCAACCACAUGUCUGUCAGGGUAGAACUCGGCUCUGUAGGGUUUUCAGUGGCUGACUUUUCUGAAGGAGAUUGAAAGGCCUUUCUCCCAAGGCACCUCUGAGUGGACUUGAACCUCUCACCUUUUGGUUAUCAGCUGAGUGUGUUACCUUGUAUUCUACCUUCUGUUAGAUGUUACCCUUUGUCCCAUUUAUACAUCACUCCGUGGUAAUACAGACCCAUGCGUGUUUGGGUGACGGGCAAUGGAUAAAAACACAACGAACUGGGUUAGUCGUGAAGUGCUUGGUUUGGCACCAUGGAAGGAGAAUGUACUUCAGGCCCCAGCAGAGCUGGGUUCGAAUCGGGUGUACUAGAGCCAGCUAGUACAUGCCUUGUCUUCCCAACUCCACAUUCAGUGAUGUCAUAUUGGUACUUGAAAUUAGCCAUCGUGGGAGCAUUUACACCACAGAAAGUGGCAAAUGCUACAAAUUUGGCCUUUUUUUGGAGCUUGGUUUACAAGCACAGCGUCCCACAGACGAUCCUGUGGGUCCCAUGGAGUCUGCUGGCAGCUGUGUGACCCUGGACACGUUACCUGUGCCAGAGCUCAGUGUCUGCCUCUGUGAGAUGGGGACAGUUAGGUUACUUCACAGACUGACACAAGAUGGGGACAGUUAGGUUACUUCACAGACUGACGGGAGCACUGACAGAACCUGGUUCUCCUCCCACCACUCCGUUUCCUUUAUGGUGUCAAUCCUACCCCGUCACCCACCUACAGACUCCUUCCAGACCCACAUCCGGUGAGUAACCAAACCCCACCAGUCCCUCCUGAGUAGUGUCACCAACUGGCCCCUCCUCCCACCCCACCAUCUCCUGACCAAGCUGAAUUUACAGGGGCAUGUCCUGAAUCUCCCACUCCCCUGGUCUCCUCAGCCAUCAAAGUCUUCUUUCUAAGACAACAAAUCUUAACUCCCUUCUUAGACCCUGCACAGCUCAAGCUCAGACUUCUUGAUCUGACUGCCCGAAGGCUCUGCUUUACCCAGCCCCCACGUGAUUUCCAACCACACUGAUCUGUGCUCAGUAAUCCCCCUGCCCCCAUCACACAGCCCUCAAACCCCGUUGCAGAAGAAACCAGGAAAUCCUUCUCAAAACGCCAUGUCCUGGCCCAUGUGUCAUCCUUUGCCUGGAAUGCCCACCCCCUCUUCUCUGGCAAACUUGCAGAGUCUGCGGCAAUGAAGCCUUUCUGGGUGCCUUAGGCAGAGAUUUUGUCACGCCUCCCUACCCCUUCCCAAGCCCCUUCCCAUUUGGCCCUACAGGGUCCCAGCUGGGGGCCUCUUGUCACAGUCUGCUGGUUUCCUGGCUGACCCACCACAGCCGACUUGACCAAGCUCGCUCACCUCUGUGACCCGCCCACCCAGGGCCUGGUAGAUCCUGGUGUGCAGCCAAUGUUAGCUUCCCGUCACUUCUGUAGCCUCUAGGCUGGGUUAUUUGCCAAGAAAAAAAUAACGGCUCAGGUUAAAUAUUUCUAUAAAGACAGCCUGGGACAUGCAGUUUUUAGGUGAAAACAAACAGAUACCAGCAUUAAGAAUGAGAACCUUACUUCCCUUACCCCAAAGAAUAAGUCACAGGCCUGGAAUGCUUCCUUUUUGAAUCAUAAACUUAAUAUUUAUGGAAGCGUUACUAAGUGCCAGGCACUUUAUAUAUGUUACUUCCUCUACUGCUCCCUCAAUCCCUGUGGGAUCAGUGUUCUCAUCCCCAGUUGACAGAUGAGAAAUUGAAGCGCAGAGGGCUUAAGUAACAUGCCCAAGGUCACAGAGCUAAAAAACAGCAGAUCCAAAAUUCACACCAGAGGAGCCUUUUCCAAAGUCUCUGUCUUGGGGGAAAAAAAUACAGUGCAUCUCCUUGUCGGGGAUAUUUAAGAGCCUCAACUCACAGCAUCCACAGACUACCAGGAAAUGUCAGCCCCUUGAAUGGGGUUUUUUGAACAGGGUGCUUUAAGAGUUGCAGGAGAACUAUUGAUUUCAUAACUAGGUUACCUUUUAAAUCUUGCUCCGCUUUUUAAAAGGUUGUUUUUUUAAGAUUCCAGAAAUAUACAUUUUAAUAUAGAAACAGCAAAAGCAUUUUUUCAAAAUGCAUAGUAUUCAGAUGAGUCCCAGUUCCAGUAGUGAUGGAGUAGCUUGUAUCAGACUAACAUCCCCACAGAUUAGAUACUCUGGGCAAAGUAAGGAAAAAGCCCACAACAAAGAAAAAGCCUAUUUGAAGGUACCAACCAAAAUCAGAAACUGGAGGGGAGUUGGCCCUUGAAAGAAGGGAAAGGCAUUGGAUGAAAUGCAUAUUGUUUAUACACUUUUCCCCGGAGGGUACUCUCCAAGCCACAGGACACCGGGUGGUUAGAACUCAAGCAGAAAAUUCUAGUAAUAUUGGCUUGAGGUAACAGAGGAUAGAGUUCAGAGUUGCCAGAGAAGCUGGAAGUGGAGGAGGGGAACCCCAGAAAGGAGAAGGAUACAGAGGGGGUAACCCCAAAAUCUGCAUAUGAAUUCCCUUCCCAGGCUCGAUUGACUCCUCAGCUGCACUUGCAUGAUGAAAACUCCAAACAUCCCAGUUGACAGCAAUAGCUGGAAGACUGAAAAGUGAGUCAAAGAUUUCAGCUACUUUCCAUUGCACAGGAGUCAGAGUUGUGAGGUAAAAUUCCACCAAGUUAGAGGGGCUUUAUAAACACCUUGGAACUUUCCAUUGAACCCAAACGGGGUACACAUUAGGAGUAAAGACUAUGUAUCGGGACUAAGAAUUUAUCCUAAGACCAAAGGCAAAACCAAAACAGACCUUCCCUAACAAAGUGCGAAAACCAAGUCUCCACAAAAAUCAAGGUGAUCCGCAAGGAACUUAACAAAAAUCAACACUUUUCAGAGGAAGAUAAUAGAAUCCAGAGUCUCUACAACUGAUCAUCUACAACGUCCAGAAUUUCUCUGUCAGUCAAACCUUUCUGAGAGCCUUGGGCAGAGUUUUCAUCAUGACUCUUCAUCCUCAUGCUGAACCUUCUUAACAUGAAACCCUGUAAGUUCUAACACUUACCUGGGGGCUUCUUGUCAAGGUCUGCUGUUUGGCUGGCAGCCACACCAGACUGGACUGCCACACAAGCAUAGUAACUUCUGACUACUACACAUGUAAAGAAACAGGGAAAUUGGACCUAUAGUUAAGAGAAAAAUCAGUCAAUAGAAACAGACCUUGAGAUGACCCAGGUGUUCAAAUUUGCAAUGAUUUUGAAACAGCUAUUGUAAAUAUAUAAGCCCUGAUGGAAACAUACUUAAAGACUUAAAAAUAAGGGAAAUGAUCAUAGUGAAUGACUACUUGUUAUGGGGCAUCUUAGCUGAGAAAUAUAUUCUGAAAAGUACAAUAUCUGAAAUGAAUUCACAGGACGGGCUUAAUGGCAUAAUGAAAAUGGCAAAAAAAAAAUUUUUUUUUCUUGUUGUUUAAAGAUUAAAGAAAUUGGUAAGCAAAGACCAAUCAAGAAAAAAGGGAGAAAAUAUAAAUUACCAAUAUUGGGGAUGAAAAAGAGGCUAUGACUACCCAUCCUACAGCCAUUGAAAGAAUACUAUGGGAAUAUUACAAUUAAGUUUAUGCCAAUACUUAGAGGAAUUAAGUCAAUAACUUAGAGGGAAUGUACAAAUUCCUUAAAGAACACAACAAAACUGAUGCAAGAAGAAAUUAAUAAUCUGAAUAACUCUAUAUAUAAUAAGAAAUUUAAUUUGUAAUUAAUAAUGUGACUAUAGAAAAAAAAAAAAACUCCAGGCCCAGAUGGCUUCACUGGUGAAG